GUUAUAUAAAUUGAUUACAAAUUAAGAUGAAUUGAAUUAAAUUAAAACAUUUUAUACAAAAUGGCAUUAUUUAAAAACUUGAAAUUAAAUACAUUUCAAAUAUAUCGUUCUUCCUCCACAUUAUGCCAAACUUUUGAUACAAGUUUAUUGAAAUUUCCAUCUGGUAUAAAUAGGAUUCCACAACGUCAAUUGUUUUGGGAAAAAGAUAGGAAAGCAGGUUAUAACAGUAAAGAACAACCUGGCAAAAUACAACAUAUCAAAGAUGGAUUCAAGGAACUUAAAUCGGAAUUUAAAUUGUUUACUCAAGAAAUUAAAGAGUUCAUAGCAGCAGAUCCUUUGCUCAUCGCAAGACCAGGUGAAACAGAUCUGAUAUGGUGUUUUAAUGACCCCAGUAUCAUAAACAACUUUGUAACAACUUGUGACAGUGACCACAAUCAAGGAUAUAGUUCUUGUGGAUUUGACCCGAGUCCAGCGGGUAGAGCGCUAUUUCAUGGCUAUCUGGACACAAGAGUACCAAAAGAUGGACAGGUUAAAAAAGCAGGUUAUUGUUCUAUUCGCUCUAAACGAAUAAGGAAAUCAUUUAAGCGUGAAACAACUUUUAACUGGAAUUUAUAUAACACGAUUGUCUUAAAAGUAAGAGGCGACGGGAGAUCGUAUUUGUUAAAUAUAUCUUGCGAGGGAUAUCAUGACAUUACGUGGAACGAUAUAUACCACUAUGUCCUCUACACCAGAGGGGGACCUUACUGGCAAAUUGUCAAGAUUCCAUUUUCAAAAUUCAUUCUGGGAUCAAAGGGUAGGUUACAAGACAAGCAAACGAGGGUACGAUUAGAUAGAGUGACUCAUUUCGGUAUUUCUUGUGGAGAUAAAAUCAAUGGAGUCUUUAAUCUGGAAAUUGAAUACGUUGGCUUAGAAUAUGAUCCUACGCACAAUGAAGAGUUUGCUUAUGAAAUGUACAAAACAGAUAGAUAUAUUGUUGGUGUGUAAAAUAAUAAAAUAUUAUAUUACUUAA